AGAGCUGUUCAGUGGCCCCCGGUGGCGCAGUGGGUUAAAGCCUCGUGACUUGAAGGUUGGGCUGCUGACCUGAAGGCUGCCAGGUUCGAAUCCCACCCGGGGAGAGUGCGGAUGAGCUCCCUCUCUCAGCUCCAGCUCCAUGCGGGGACAUGAGAGGAGCCUCCCACAAGGAUGGUAAAAACAUCAAAACAUCCGGGCAAUAUCCCCAGGGCAACGUCCUUGCAGACGGCCAAUUCGCUCACUCCAGAAGCGACUCUGGUUGCUCCUGACACGGAAAAAAAGCAGUGGAAUUCUCUCUCUCUCUCUCUCUCUCUCUCUCUGCCUCGGGCUGUGGUGGAGGCUCCUUCCUUGGAGGCUUUUAAGCAGAGGCUGGAUGGCCAUCUGUCGGGGGCGCUUUGAAUGCGAUAUCCUGCUUCUUGGCAGAAUGGGGUUGGACUGGGUGGCCCGUGAGGUCUCCUCCAACUCUAGGGUCCUGUGAUUGUACAGUAUGAGCAGAGUGGUGCCAAGCUGUGUCAAGGCCUGAUUCUGGGCAGCCGGCCCGCCUGCCACUCAUUGCAGAGCAUAUCCCCCGAUGAGGCCGGGCUGGGUUUUGACCUUGACGAUUGUGCUGCGAUGUCUUUAAAGAUUUCCUGUUGCAUUCAGCGUCAUGUGUCGGUCAGACUGGACCCAGAGCUGGGCCUGAGGCCAGAGACCCUUGGCCAAGACGGGGGGGGGGGGCAGCCACGUCCCCUGCCCCCCCCGCCCCUGUGUGUGCCUUCUCCCCCCCCCCUUUCUGACUACCCAUCUCUGUGGGGAGCCCUGACGCCGCCCCCCCCUCUCUCUCCUGCAGGUCCGGGAAGCGCCCGCCCGACGGUCUCCACCCGCCUGGGGCGCCUGCGGGGGACGCUGCUGAGCGUGGAGGGGGCCCCCGCCCCCGUCAAGGCCUUCCUGGGGGUCCCCUUCGCCAGCCCCCCCCCCCCGGGCGCCCUCCGCUUCGCCCCGCCCGAGCCGCCCCAGCCGUGGGCCCACCUGAGGGAGGCCGCCUCCCAGCCCCCCCUGUGCCUGCAGGACCUGAGCUGGAUGCAGGAGCUGAACCAAGGGCUGAACUUGACGCUGCCCCACCUGCCCCUCUCCGGGGACUGCCUCUACCUCAACGUCUUCACGCCGGACACGGAGGCCACGUUGCCGGUGAGCCGGGAGGGAAGGGGGGCGGCCAGCCUGGCCCCAGUGCCUGGCCGCGAGCCCCGUCCUGUCCACGGAGGGGCCCUGGUGGUGGGCUCCGCCUCCUUCUACGACGCGCGCGGCCUCGCCGCCCUCGAGGGCGUGGUGGUGGUGGUGGUCCUUCAGUACCGGUUGGGGAUCCCGGGCUUCUUCGGCACCGGGUCCAAGGAGGCGCCGGGCAACUGGGGGUUGCUGGACCAGGUGGCAGCCCUCAGGUGGGUCCAGGAGAACAUCAAGGCCUUCGGAGGAGACCCCACUUCGGUGACCACCAUGGGAGAGUCGGCCGGAGCGUUCAGCGUGGGGGUCCAGGUUUUGUCCCCGUUGUCCAGGGGCCUCUUUCACAGAGCCAUCGCAGAGAGCGGAGUCGCCCUCCUGCCCAGCCUCUUUGUGAGGAGCCCCGGAGCCAUGGUCCAGGCUCUGGUGCGCCCGUCUACUUUUACGAAUUCCAGCAUCAAGUGGUACCUGAAUUUCCUACUUGAUAGAUGCAACUAUCUUUUGGGUUGCUUGGGUCAACAACAAGCAGGGGCUAUUUUUUAUUUGAAUUGUCGGGUGCUCACAAGGCCGGCCAGGCUGACCCUGUGCCCUCUGGCCCUCAACAGGGCACGCUCCUCUCCCGUUCCCUCCCCAAUGUGUGGGUUUCCCUCCCUUUGGGGCGCAGGCGGAGUGUGGGGUGUCUCAGGGCCUCUUCCUUCUGCCUUCGCAGGGGAGCACACCGAGGAGGAGAAGCGGCUCAGCAAGACGGUGAUGAGAUACUGGGCCAACUUUGCCCGCAGCGGGUGAGGCUCCCUCUUGGCUCAAGGCUUCCGCUGUGAUGUUGUGGUUCACAAAGUUGCACAAGUUGCACCUGCACGGUCUCUUUGUUCCUCGGGGGAGGCCCUCCUCUCGCUCCCGCCUCCGUCCCAAGCGCGGCCGGUGGGGACGAGAGAGAGAGAGAGAGAGAGAGAGAGAGGGAGAGAGAUUGCAGAGGCUCAGUAAAAGUUCAAAAACAUUUAUUUAGGUAAAAAGAACUCCAUUGUAGAUAGAAAGGCUUGGGAGCUGUCUAGCUCUCUAGGCUAGUUUCUAAGGUAAAUAAGAUAGGUAAAAAUAACAAACAUCUAGAUAGUUACAUCUUGCCUGGAGGGACAGCAAGAUGCUGUUGUUAGCUUGGAAGACAAAGAGGAAGAGAGUGAACCAAAAUGGUUCCAACCUCAUAGUCCAGUUUAUUGGGGCCAUAAAAGAGAUUCUGACCAACGGGAAGUUAGUGUCCCUGAAGAUUCACAUUUCUACUAACUUCAAAGUAAGGGAUGUGACGUACACAGGAUAGAGUGAAACACAGUAAAGCCUGUCUAGGCAUGCUUUGGAAACAGGGAAAGGAUUCCCUCCAUCUAAUCCUGUCAUCUAUCUGACUACAUCUAGACUUGAGUCGUCCAGGGUGACUCCCAACACACCCACUCCCUCACUGUCCAAAGAUUAGUUUCCGUGCUUCUCCAAUUCCUCGUGGUGGGAGUUUUAUGGUCGAUCCUGCAUCACCCGCCCCACACAGACCGUCAGCCCCCUUCCCCUUGUUUGGCCAGCUGCCAGACUUAGGAAGGACGGGGGGGGGGGGGGGUCAGCCCGUCACUCCAUCCUGACCCCCUUUCCUGCUUUGGGGGACUGGGUGACCCGCAUAGCGUCUGCAACUAAUAGACCAUCGGGGUUGUUCCGUGUUGUUGGGGAGCUCCUCCACCCUCCUGAGGGUGAGGGGCACCCGGAGACUUGGCAACUCGGUGCAGCGAGUUUGCGCACGACUUUCCAGACAAAGCCGCUCAGAUUUGCCUUGAGCUGGGCGCUAGCUUAGAUGCAAUGCCAGAAGAGAUAACCGAGGCACCUGUCUGUCCUAUUUUGUGGCAUUUGUUUCAGCUUGUUCACCCGGAUGACGUGGACAAGAUCCUUGGAGCGGUGAGGGCAACCACUUGUGAACGGAUCCUUGCACCUCUUGGCUAAUUAAAUCUGCCAGAGGAGGGUUGGGAGAUUGGUUUGUGUGGAUAAUUAAUUCCUCUCUGGAUCAAGGUAAAUUUCCAUCUGCCCUUAAACAGGCCAUAGACCAAUUCUGAAGAAGGCCUCCCUUGAUUCGACCAUUUUAAGUAACUAUAGACCAAUCUCGAACCUACCCUUUUUGGGGCAAGGUCCUGGAGUGGGUAGUUGCCUUGCAGCUCCUGGGUUUCUUGGAUACCGAUUUUCUGGACCCAUCACAGUGUGGCUUUAGACCUGGUCACAGCUCUGAGACAGCUUUGGUCGCCUUUGUGGAUGACCUCCACAGGGAACUGGACAGGGGGAGUGUGACCCUGCUGGUUCUCUUGGACAUCUCAGCAGCUUUCGAUACCAUCGACCUUGGUAUCAUUCUGGGUCGGCUCUCCAGGAGGGGCCUUGGGGGUUCUGCUCUGCAGUAGCUCCAGUCCUUCCUGGAAGGCCGUUCCCAGUUGGUGAAGCUGGGGGACACCUGCUCGGACCCCUGGCCAUUGACCUGUGGGGUCCCGCAAGGUUCCAUUCUGUCCCUCAUGCUUUUCAACAUGUACAUGAAACCGCUGGGAGAGAUCAUCCGGAGUUGGAGUUUGGUGCCAUCUCUAGGUGAAUGACACCCAACUCUACUACUCCCUUCCACCAAACUCCAAAGAAGCCCCUCAGAUACUGGACCAGUGCUUGGCGGCUGUGAUGGGCUGGAUGAGGGUGAAUAAGCUCAAGCUUAGCCCUGACAAGACAGAAGUCAUCCAGGUCAGUUGUAGGUCUGAUUGGGGUAUUGGGUGGCAGCCUGUGCUUUACAGGGUCACACUCCCCCUGAAGGCGCAGGUCCAGUUUGGGGGGUCCUCCUGGAUUCAGCGCUGGUGCUUGAUGCUCAGGUGCUGGCGGUGGCCGGGAAGGCCUUUGCACAAUUAAAACUUGUGCGCCAGCUGCGACCUUACCUCGUGAAGUCUGAUCUGGCCAUGGUGGUCCCUGCCUUAGUUACCUCUAGACUGGACUAUUGCAAUGCACUCUACGUGGGGCUGCCCUUGAAAACGGCCCAGAAACUUCAACUAGUCUAACGCUCGGCAGCCUUGCUCCUAACUGGAGCUCACUAUAGGGAAAGGUCAACCCUCCUGCUUAAGGAGCUCCACUGGCUGCCGUUCAUUUUCCGGACCCAAUUCAAGGUGCAGGUGAAUACCUACAAAGUCCUGUACUGUUUGGGACCCUCCUACCUUCAGGAUCGCCUCUCCCCCUAUGAACCUGCACGAUCUCUUCAUUUGUCGGGGGAGGCCGUCCUCUCGCUUCCGCUGCCGUCACAAGCGCGGUUGGUGGGGACGAGGGAGAGAGGGGGGGGCUUCUCUGUCGUGGCCCCCAUCCCGGUUAUGGAAUUCUCUGCCUGGGGAGAUCAGGCAAGCCCCCGCCUUGAUGGCAUUUUGGAAGAGCCUGAAAACUUGGCUUUUCACCCAGGCCUUUGGUUAGGAUCACCUUUUUCCAUCACAAUUAUUAUGCUCCUCGACCUUUUGCACUGGUCUCUCUUCUCCUGAUUCCUGAUUGAUUGAUAUUAUCCAGGACUCCUCCCUUCCGUAACGAAUGUGACCUUAAAUGACUCUAUUGCACUUUAUCUAUUUAUGAAUUUGUUACCCAUAAUGUGCACCUUGCUUAUCCACUUUUGCAACCUCAUUGUUUUUAGUUUGAUGUUUUAAUUCUGUGUUGUGUUUUUAACCUAUUGUGUAUAUCUUUUAUUGGUUUUUGUUUUUGUUCUUUGAUGUUUUAUAUUUUAUCAUUGUUUGUAUUUUGAUUUUGCUGUAAGCCGCCCUGAGUCCCCUUCAGGGGAGAUGGAGGCGGGAUAUAAAUAUACUUAUUAUUAUUAUUAUUAUUAUUAUUAUUAUUAUUAUUAUUAUUAUUAUGGCAGCCAUCUUGGAUAUUGGGGGAAUGAUACAUUAAUAAGUUGGUCAUCUCGCCCAUCCCCAUCAUAAUUACAAUUAUACUCCUCGACCUUUUGUACUAGAAUCAUAGAAUCAUAGAAUAGUAGAGUUGGAAGAGACCACAUGGGCCAUCUAGUCCAAACCCCUGCUAAGAAGCAGGAAAUCGCAUUCAAAGCACCCCCGACAGAUGGCCAUCCAGCCUCUGCUUAAAACCCUCCAAGGAAGGAGCCUCCACCACGGCCCCGGGGAGAGAGUUCCACUGUCGAACAGCCCUUCUCACAGUGAGGAAGUUCUUCCUGAUGUUCAGGUGGAAUCUCCUUUCCUGUAGUUUGAAGCCAUUGUUCCGUGUCCUAGUCUGCAGGGCAGCAGAAAACAAGCUUGCUCCCUCUUCCCUAUGACUUCCCUUCACGUAUUUGUACAUGGCUAUCAUGUCUCCUCUCAGCCUUCUCUUCUGCAGGCUAAACAUGCCCAGCUCUUUAAGCCGCUCCUCAUAGGGAUUCUUGUUCUCCAGACCCUUAAUCAUUUUAGUCGCCCUCCUCUGGACGCUUUCCAGCUUGUCAACAUCUCCCUUCAACUGUGGUGCCCAAAAUUGGACACAGUAUUCCAGGUGUGGUCUGACCAAGGCAGAAUAGAGGGGGAGCAUAACUUCCCUGGAUCUAGACGCUAUUCCCCUAUUGAUGCAGGCCAGAAUCCCAUUGGCUUUUUUAGCAGCCGCAUCACAUUGUUGGCUCUCACAUGUGAGAGUCGCUCCUUUCCUGAUUACUUGAUAUUAAUUCAGGGCUCCUCCCUACCCGAUGUGAUCUUAAAUGAAUCUAUUGCACUUUAUCUAUUUAAAAUUUGUAACUCAUAAUGUGCACCUUGUUUAUCCGCUAUUGCAACCUCAUUGUUUUUAAUUUGAUGUGUAUAUAUUAUUAUUGGUUUUUAUUAUUAUUCUUUGACGUUUUAUCUUUUAUUUUGUUAUUGUUUUGUAUCAGAUUUUGCUGUAAGCCGCCCUGAGUCCCCUUCGGGGGAGAUGGAGGCGGGAUAUAAAUAAACUUAUUAUUGUGGGGUGGGGUGGCCAGGCAACCACUCCUGAUCAUGGCCUGCUCUGUGCCACUCAGAGGGGCCGGGCUGUGGCGCAGGCUGUUGAGCAACCCGCUGCAACAAAUCACUCUGACCAAGAGGUCAUGAGUUCGAGGCCAGCUCGGAGCCUGCGUUUGUCUCUGUCUUUGUUCUAUGUUAAGGCAUUGAAUGUUUGCCUAUAUGUGUAAUGUGAUCCGCCCUGAGUCCCCUUCAGGGUGAGAAAGAAGGGCGGAAUAUAAAUACUGCAAAUAAAUAAAUAAAUAAAUAAUAUGCUCAAAAAACA